UUACAUGAUGGAAUUCGCGUUUUCUCAAGAAAAGCUGCAUAUCUUGGAUCAGUACCGUUGAAGAUAUCUUCUGAUUGCAACACCCGAAGCAGGGUUCUGUUACAAAUUUGUCAAAAGAACACAUACAAUGGAUCUCAAAGAAAGCUGCCCAAGUGUUAGCAUUCCUAGCUCUGAUGAACACAGAGAGAAGAAAAAAAGAUUUACUGUUUACAAAGUGUUGGUCUCAGUUGGCAGAAAUGAAUGGUUUGUCUUCAGACGGUAUGCAGAGUUUGAUAAACUCUACAAUACGCUAAAGAAGCAAUUUCCCACCAUGAACCUGAAGAUUCCAGCUAAAAGAAUAUUUGGAGAUAAUUUUGAUCCCGAUUUCAUUAAACAGAGAAGAGCAGGACUGAAUGAAUUCAUUCAGAAUUUAGUUAGACAGCCAGAGCUAUGCAACCACCCAGAUGUCAGAGCAUUUCUUCAGAUGGAUAACCCAAAACACCAGUCGGAUCCAUCUGAAGAUGAAGAUGAAAGGAGCAGUCGGAAGUUAAACUCUACCUCACAGAAUAUCAACUUGGGACCAUCUGGAAAUCCUCAUGCUAAACCAACAGACUUUGAUUUCCUGAAAGUUAUUGGGAAAGGCAGCUUUGGCAAGGUUCUUCUUGCAAAACGAAAACUGGAUGGGAAAUACUAUGCUGUCAAAGUGCUGCAGAAAAAAAUUGUUCUUAAUAGGAAAGAGCAAAAACAUAUUAUGGCUGAGCGUAAUGUGCUUUUGAAAAAUGUGAAACAUCCAUUUUUGGUUGGAUUACAUUACUCGUUCCAAACAACGGAAAAGCUUUACUUUGUCCUGGAUUUUGUUAAUGGAGGAGAGCUGUUCUUUCACUUACAAAGAGAACGUUCCUUUCCUGAGCACAGAGCCAGAUUUUAUGCUGCUGAAAUAGCCAGUGCACUGGGCUACUUACACUCCAUAAAUAUAGUGUACAGGGAUUUAAAACCAGAAAACAUUCUCCUAGAUUCACUAGGUCAUGUUGUGUUGACAGACUUUGGACUUUGUAAAGAAGGGAUUGCAAGUUCUGAUACCACUGCAACUUUUUGUGGGACACCAGAAUAUCUUGCACCAGAAGUCAUUAAAAAGCAGCCCUAUGACAACACAGUAGACUGGUGGUGCCUUGGUGCAGUUCUUUAUGAAAUGCUUUAUGGGCUGCCUCCUUUUUACUGCCGUGAUGUUGCUGAGAUGUAUGAGAAUAUUCUUCAUAAACCUCUAGUUUUGCGCCCAGGAAUCAGUCUUACAGCUUGGUCUAUUCUGGAAGAACUUUUGGAGAAAGAUCGGCAAAGCAGGCUUGGAGCAAGGGAAGACUUUCUCGAAAUUCAAAAGCACCCGUUCUUUGAAUCUCUCAGCUGGACUGAUCUUCUUCAGAAGAAGAUUCCACCACCAUUUAAUCCUAAUGUGGUUGGACCAGAUGAUAUUGGGAAUUUUGAUGCAGUGUUUACAGAAGAAAUGGUCCCAUACUCAGUUUGCGUUUCUUCAGAUUACAACGUUGUUAAUGCCAGUGUCCUAGAGGCAGAUGAUGCCUUUGUUGGAUUUUCUUAUGCACCACCUUCUGAUGAUAUGUUUUCCUAGGAAGUUAGAAGCCAACAGUGUUUUGGAAGUCUUGGGGUGAACUGAAAUGUUAGGGUUUAUGGACACAUCCCAAAUAGUGUAACUAGUGCCUCGUUUUGUAUGUAGGUUUGAAACCUAUGAACAAACUUUCUCUGCUGUAUAGGAGGAAUUUGGGCAUUGUGGAUGGCUUUCUUUGGGGUUUGAAUUGUUUGUUCCUGCUGCAGAAAAUAUUUUUUAAAACCUUUAAAAAGCGUUCUCUACAUAUUUUUUAAGCAAAAACACUGACUGUUCUCAAUCCCUUCAAGUUUACAUUCAUACCUGUCUAAGAUUUGGCUGGCACAAACAGCAGCAAAUUUAGUAAAUUUAUAAAUGCUUUUGUACCUAUUUACAGUGACUUUGUGCUUGAACUGUAACUAUGCAAAUUGUCUUUUGUAUAUCCUGGUUUAAAAAAGGUAAAUGUUUUCCCUGUUCUAUCAGUUUGAAAUAUAUGUUCAUUUACCUGUCAGCACUUAAAUGAGGGGAUUCUUAAAGGACUUCAACAGAAUGAAAAGUUGGUGAUAUAAAACUGGAUUGUUGCUCUUGCGCUUGCUGAAGUACCCAUUCACUCAAGUGGAUUAUCUGAGGUAUGGGGGAUUGCUCAAAGCAAGGAUGGAACAAAUUAACUGGCUUGAUCUGAUAACAUUACUGAUCGUGUGUUCUGCUUUUCUUUCCUCCUUGAGGUAAAUAUGUCUAUAUUUCAACUACAUUAAAAAUAUUUUUGGUUAAAACUCUGCUUUUCCAAAGAUAAAAUAUGCAAUAAUCACUGUUACUUUAAAAGGCUGUCUUGCUUUGACCUUUUGGGGGUGGGCGGUGAGGGGAUCAUGCCAAAUAUUAGGGAUUUUUUUUCUCACAUAUUUAUAGUUUGAAACACUAAUAUGUUCCAAAUUGAUUGUAUUUCAGUGUUCAUAGCUACUUGUCUUUGUGUUCCAGUUUGCACCAUUUUUAAAUCUUCACUUGAUAUUAGGGGAAAAAAUGUAAAUUAUGCUGAUAAUUUUAAAAAUGUGAAAAGCUAUUGUAUUUCUCAUAACAUACACAUGUAUGGACAAACUGAUAAUUCUGAACAAUUUCUGUUUAAGGAAAUUUUUUUAAGCAAUGCAAAAAUUGACUGCAGUUACAGUGUAUAAAGGCCUAUCAUGGUAGUAGUAUUGUUAUAUAUAUUACUUGUAAAUAACAACUUAUUUUUGUCUGUUACUUCAAAAA